AGCGCUGUGCAGUCAUUUGUGGAGGGUGCAUGUGUUUUGUUAUGAUUGGUGAUUGUAAUUUUCUUCAAAUUUGCUCUCAGAUAACACUUUUAGCCACAAAAUUAUCAGAACACUAGGCUUAUCAUUUCGACAGUUCUUAUCUACACCUGUGUCGGGGCGCUAUGAAAAUCGCCAACACGACUGAUGGUGAGGGUACAGUAAAAUGAUCCUUGCAACUAACUCAGCAAGAAUAUCAGUUUUGAUUGCCCUAGUUUUGUUUGUUGCUGCAGCACUAGUGGACUGCGGAGCAAAUAAUCUUCACGUCUACGAUGGUGUUCGCACGCAGGAUAUUAUAGCCGGGGAUGUGUUUUUUGAGAUUAUUGAUCCUCCGGAGUUAGAGUACACUUACAGGAUACGACCAGCAAAGGAUUUUGGCAGUUCGUUUGGAGCAACCUUUAAGGUGAAUGAGGGCAAACUCGUUCCAGCAAUUCCGUCUGAUGCAUGCAAACCUCAGUUCGCCAACGAACGGGAUCUGAAGGGGAACAUUGCCCUCGUGGAACGUGGCGAGUGUUCCUUUCUAGAAAAAGCAAUAAACAUUGAAAAGGUGGGUGGUCGGGCAGUGAUAAUCACUGAGGUCGACACCAAUUCGGAUGAUUAUGAUUACUAUAUCGAGAUGAUUCACGAUAAAACAGAUCGGGAUACUAACAUUCCGGCUGCCUUCCUACUGGGCAAGAACGGACUUGUCAUACGUAGAACAUUGGCUAAACUUGAUCGACGGUUCGCGCUUAUAAAUUUACCGGUUAACCUAACAUUCGUGGCCCCACAUCUAAUCAAUCAGCCGCCAUGGCUGCAGUGGUGAAUUGAAGUCAUUUACUCGUUCAGUGGCUUGAUUUUGGAAUGAACAGUACCAGUAGUGCAACAUGUGGUAUUAUUACUUUUAGGAGAGACCUAUUUUCUAGUCAAUCUGUGAGAAACGAAAAGUAAUCAUACAUGCUGUAAAAGCACACCUCUGUUAGCAUCAAUAAACUCAGUUCAAACUGUUCGUUAAAA